AUGGCUCUCCAACUAUUGAAACGACCUCGACCGCUCCCAGCUUUUAAAGACGAAGAAAAGGGUAUCUACGCUCAAUGGAAAAUUAAAGGUUUCUAUUAUCGAAAAGCAGGAUUACCAAAAAUAUCAGUAAAAGGUGUUGCAAGAGUACGGUAUGCUGAAUUGGAAGUGGAGGGUAAACUUCCGCAUUUUACCGUUUCUAAGCAAUUAGUAAACAUUGGUUAUGUAGAAAAUGUGAACGACGAUAUUCUGGAUAUAAGAGGAUGCGAUUUCCGACUUCUGAUAUUUGGAGUUCAACAUGUUGAAAUAAUUCGAGACUGGCUUCGUUUUCUGGUGAUAAGACAACGUAUUCCACAUUCCUUGAUGGGUCUUCCUUUCGAUUGGCAGGUGAAACCAAUACGAGACGACAGAGAAUUGCAACUAUCUCGUAUUUCACCGUUCCAUUGCUUCAAGAUUUGGUGA